CCACACUCGAUGUUGAAGACUUUCACCACUCAGGCUGGUCCGUCUGCCAAUUGGCGGAAUCUGCAGAAAACGCUCCCGCCGUCUAAAACGAAGGAUGAUCACCCACGGAAAAGGAGAAAGUUAACAUUGAGUACGAGCACUACGGCGACGGCUACUCAGGAGGCGUCUAUCAUCGUUACCACAGCUGAAGCAGGCCCUUCGAAAGUUGCGAAUCCUGGUGGUGCAGACGAUAUCAAAAAUGGAGAGAGUUUGUCUGCUCUGCGGCGAAUGAUUGCAGGCGAAGUCACCUGUACCGAGGCCCAAAAAUUGCCAGGAAAGUACCUCGCAAUCGAUUGUGAAAUGGUUGGGGUCGGUCUUGACGGAACUGAGUCGUCACUUGCCAGGGUGACCAUCGUGAACUACUAUGGAGCUAUUCAGCUAGACGAGUUUGUCAGGCAGAGGGAGAGAGUGGUGGAUUAUCGAACGCAGUACAGUGGAGUAAGAGAGUCGGAUAUGGUCAAAGCAAAACCAUUCGAUUUUAUACAAAAGAAAGUUGCGGAAUUAUUGAAGGACAAGAUUUUAGUUGGGCACGCUAUCCAUAAUGACCUCAAGGCGUUGUUGCUCUCUCACCCACGACCUCUGACGCGAGAUACUCAAUAUCUUUCCGGAAAACAUAAGCUUGUGCGAAGCAGAUAUGUCGCUUUACGAAAUUUGGUUAAACAGGAAUUAGAUGUAACGAUACAAAGUGGGGAACAUUCCAGCGUAUGUUUCGGGGAUUCUUUCUCUUUCACGAGCAAACUUCGAUUUAUAGCGUGCCAUUUAGUUGACAGAUGCACGAGCAACUAUGGCCGUGUAUCGCUUACACAGGAAAGAAUGGGAAACGGGUGUCAUAGGCGUUGCGACCGCCAUGUUUUUGAAGACCAAGUUAAAGAAAACUGUCGAGGGUAAGGCUCAGGGAAAACGGAAGGCUGUUGAUGAAGAUCGCGAGGCUUCUUCCGAACUUGGCGACUCGGAUGAUGAGCCUAACUCAUCCCCGCAUAACAAGGAGGCUGCCAAAUCCCCAAAAACCACAACGUCGAAAAGAGCGGCGAGAUUGCAUAAAACGACGAAGGCGUAUUCAGGAGGAGGCAGAAAAGGCGUCAGCUCUGGCCUUUCGACGAUUGUGCGGAAUGGACGGCGGGUGAAGCCGGGUAGUACUGGUCGGGGUGGAACUCGAAGUGGGGAAAGUUCAGAACAAUGGUGGAAAGCCUUAUAGUCAUCGCUGUGGUACCUACUAUAUCCUAGUGCUUCUUGAGUUCCUUCGACGAUCUCCGGAUGUCAAAUAUCUGACCGUUCUGUGUUCAAGCAAUAAGUAAUAAAUCUAGACAAUGACUCAAAGAUGGGGGCGAUA